GUAAGUCGUAGGACUAGUACUAAAUCGUGUCCCUUCUCUUUGCUGUCAUUGAAUAUUUUAUAGUACUCUUUUCCAUGGAAGAAAUACGAAAGCUUCCAGAACUUCCCCGUGGAACAUUCGUGAUAAUAUAAUUAAUAAAAGUUAGAUAGUCCUUUGUGGGAUUUGUAGGUUUGAACGGUUUUAUGUUGCCCGGGGAUAAAUUUCGAGCGUUCGUUGGAUUGUUGUGUGUUUAAGAUCUUUGCCUAUUUUGGGCAAAGUGGGUUUUCUGUUGCCUGCUGGAAUUUCCAUCUGGGUGUGCUUUUCUGGCGCAGGAUUAUGUAAUUUGGAGUGGGGAAUUGAGUUUUGAUCAUUUGUGAGCUUUGGUUGGAUUGGAUUGUGUUACUUAGGCGAAGUGGGGGACUCAUAGCUGCUCGAAUUUCCAUCUGGGUGUGCUUUGCUGGUGCAGGAUUAUGAAAAAUUGGAGGCAAGAUUGAAUUUUGAUCGCUUGUGGAUUGUUUGACCGAGAGACCAGGAAGGAUUCUAAAAAUAAGGGGCAUAUUGAUAAGUUUGCCAUGGCACCCUAGUUUUGGAAAGGAAAUUGUGUGGUGUCAUGGUGAAUUUGGAAGAUUAAGUGUGUGAAUUGGGAAGUCUGCGAUCGAUGUUUGAUUAGAGUUUUGUAAUUGUGUUUGAGGUAUUGCGAUGAAUAUCAUGUAAAAUUGGUGAUUUUGCUGGCUCCUGAGGCUUGAAAUUGAGGUGCCAGGUGUGCUGUGAAAUGGGGUUUUCAGGGGAACAGAAACAGCCACCGAAUAACGAUGGGGCGGUGGUAGCGGUUGAGUCGUGUCACAGAUCGGUACCGGCUCCGUUUCUGAUCAAGACAUACCAGUUAGUAGAUGACUCCGCCACUGACGACUUGAUUUCAUGGAACGAAGCCGGCACAACGUUUAUAGUCUGGCGGCCUGCAGAAUUUGCCAGAGAUCUGUUGCCUAAUUAUUUCAAGCACAACAAUUUCUCCAGCUUUGUUCGUCAGCUGAAUACUUAUGGUUUCAGGAAGAUUGUUCCAGACAGGUGGGAGUUCUCAAAUGAAUUUUUCCGUAAGGGAGAGAAGCAUUUGCUUUCUGAAAUCCACAGAAGAAAGGGUCUUAUACAGCCCCCUCCUCCAACGGAGAACAGGCCCAUUUCCCCAUCUAACUCAGCUGAUGAGCAAACUUGGUCUUCCACCUCUUCUCCUACCUCCCCCCCCGCAAUAGAAGCUCUUAACAAUAAAAAUGCAGUGGAAGAAAAUGAGAAGCUGAGAAGGGACAAUUAUCAAUUGAUAACUGAGCUGGCACAAAUGAAAAAGCUAUGCAAUCAUCUUCUCCUAUUCUUAUCCCAGCAUGUGAACAUAACCCCAGAUCUGGUAACCAAUUUUCUGUCCCAAAAUGUCUCAUCCUCAGAAAGGCUGGCAAUGCUGGCAAGGUUAAAGGAAUAUCUGGAGCAUCAUGGGGGAGAGGGGAUUCCAAGAGAUUGUCCUGGCAGCUCCUUGAGCUCAGUUCCUUCUCUUGCAAAUGAUAACCAAUAUAUUACUGCUUCAGCAAAAGAAUGCAUUGCCUCAAAGAGGAUGCCUUUUGUAGAUGGUGCGUGUAGAGAAGUAGAAAGGAAAACUUUCAGUUCUGUAAAAAUUGAAGAAGAUGAUGACGAUAAAAGAAGCUCCAAGCUGUUCGGUGUGCCGUUUGUAGAUGGUGUGUGUAGAGAAGUAGAUAGGAAAACUUUCAAUUUUUUAAAAAGUGAAGAAGAUGAUGACAAUAAAGGAAGCCCCAAGCUGUUUGGUGUGCCUUUGGUGAGCAAGAAGAGGCCCCUUCCUGUGUCUAGCAACAAUGGGCAACAAGAACCAUUGGUUUGCAAGAUUGGAAGGUGUACCAACUGACUUUCGGCCCAUCCCUAAUGUGGGUUGCUUAAAUACUACUGUUCCUCCUGUACCACAAAGGUUACAGAUGAAGUUAAGUUCAAUGCCAGGUAAACUGCCUGCAGAUGAACAUUUUGUUCUUAAACCUUCUUAAUAUAUGUAUAUCAAGUGAUUAUAAAAUUUAAUCUUAUGUAACAGUGAAUUCUGUUUGUUCCUGCUGAUUAUGGUUAAAUUUAAUGGUGAAUUUUAAGUUGUUAUUGC